CGUGUCUCUCAGUUCAGUCCGAGACGACCGUCUGUCACGUGUGGUGUUUUUUUUAUUGUCGGUGGUAAAAAACUCAUUUCAUUUCAUAAAUAAUUCAAUGUUAAUGUGAUAGAAAAUGAAUACAGGUGUGUUUGCUGCAGUGCUGUUUACGCUGAGCACGUUGACGGCGACCGCCAAUUGUUGGCCGUGGCCCAGUUUGUCGUGGCCGGGUUCGUCGAAGAGCACCGGAAAAGUGUUGAACUUCUUUCCAGUGCCCGUAACCGAAGAGUGCUUGUCCGACGAUUCCCGGAGAACAGGGUUGUGUCUGAACGCGUACGAGUGCAGGAUUCAAAAUGGAGAGUCACGCGGUCCUUGUGCUUUGGGAUUCGGCGUGUGCUGCGUUUUCACAUCGUCGUGUAACGCAGAGGUGGCUAAUAACGUCACGUACUUUGUCAACCCGAAUUUUCCGGGGCUUUUGAACGACGUGGGCGAGUGCACGAUCCGCAUCAAGAAGGUCUCCGACGACAUCAGUCAGAUACGCUUGGACUUUGUGCAUUUCAAUCUGGCACAGCCCAACAGGAAAACCGGAGUGUGCGAGACCGACACGUUUGUAGUGAGCGGGGCGAGAUCGAGCAAUUUGAAAUUUUGCGGCCUCAACAGUGGUCAGCACGUGUACUACGACGUGGACGACGUUAAAGAUGCGGUCACGAUCAACAUCCGACUGACGAAAGCCAACUACAACCGAAUGUGGGAAAUCAAAAUAACCCAAAUAGAGUUUGUCCAAAGGGCGCCGGCCGGAUGUCUUCAGUACUUCCAAGGCGUUUCGGGCACGAUACAAACGAUGAACUACGCCAUCAACGGUCGCCAUCUGGCCGACCAGGAUUAUGUCAUUUGCAUGAGACAAGAACAAAGUAUGUGUUCAAUAGUGUACGAACCCUGUGACGAGAACUCUUUCAAAAUAGGACCGCCCAUUACGGAAGACAGCUCUGUCGAAGGAUCCGGCGACGGCGGCGGUGGCAGCCAAGUGCUUUCUUUAAACGCGUUCAGAGAGUGCAGCGACAGAGUGAUGAUGCCCUGCGAUUCUGAAGAAUUCCUGACACCUCAAGGCGGACCUGGAAUUUGUGACCUGUUGCAUUGCGGAAAUACAUUUUGCUCGGACAAAGAAACGCCGUGCCGAAUCGAAAGUAGUACGACGCCUUUUGUGAUGCGCGUCCAAUUCGGACCCGGCAACAGAGAGGAGAACCCCGAAGACAACUUGGGCAUGUGCAUCAGAUACGAACAGCAACAGUGCAUGUCGUAGGGAAAAACAAUGGUUUUCCACAAAGCGUACGGUGUUGCCAACUGCAGCGGUUACACUUGGCAAAAUCGUAUGCAACGAAUAAAACGCUCUGUCCGUCCGACGACAACAACUGAGCGAAACGACCAAAGAUAGUAUUCUAAACACAGACACGGCCAGGAUCUUACACUAGUAUUAAAAGCCCUGAAGAGGGAUGUGUUGAGAAAAGAAUAUAUAAAAAAAAAAAAUACCAAAAAGUUUGAACGUCAAUGGUGUAAUAAAAACUUAAUAGAGAAAUAUAACAUAAUACGAACAACCUUAAAAAUCACAACCACGGAACGUAAAAUAAACAAUAAACAACAUUAAAACAAAAUAAUAGCAAUUUCUAAAAAAAAAAAAAAACAUACAUACAUGUAAUAUUAUACGGAUAAAAAAGAAUUGUUCCAAUAAGAACACACCGACGGAUGCCGGUACAUUUUAUACUUACGGCCAAAAAAAUGAAAAUAAAAAAAAUAAGAGUAACUAUUCGAUUAAGUAUAGUACAAUGAUAAUAUUAGAUAAUAGAAUUUCCAUAAUAACACACGUCUCGUAUCGAUGGUAGGUAAUAUAACAUUAUUUUUAUUGUAUAUAAUUGUUUAACGUUUAUUUUCUAAACGAGUAGGUAUAAAAUAUGUAAUUUUAGUACAAUAUUUGUAUUUAAGUGUAAUUUUUCAAUGCGUUUAGCUCAAAUUGUUUUUGUAAAUAGGUAUAUGUAUUAAAAACGACGUUUUAUAAAUAUUACGAAGAGAGUAUUUUGUUAUAACAUUUUUUUUUUUUUGUUUUUGUUUUUGUUUUAAACAAAGCGUUGAUUGUAUAAUAUUAUCUAAUCAAUUAUUUUUCCUUGGUGCUUUCGAAAAAAAAAAUGAUCGUAACCGACAAGCUAUAC